AUCGCACGGACAUGGUAAAUUAUUUCAUGGCCGCUCGGUCGCUUCUCCCACCUUGCCGGAUUAACUGGACAAAAUCGGGCAUCCCUGUGAAGGGCUCCAAUCUCUGUUCCGAGACAAAAUCUGCCUAGAGAGCUCGGGAAAAUGUGUUGGAUCAAUUUAUUACGAGUGACAAUGGAUGAUUUAUGAGGGAUCCUGAUUGAUUAGGCUGUGGCUACAAGUAUUGCGCGCUAGUGAAGUGCUAGUGCAAGACUGCUUGGGCUCACUAUAGACAAAAGGUCUCGGAGCAAAAGAUAGGGAGAGAAAAAAAGCACUCAAAUGAUAAGAGAUUGCCACACUCGUACUUUCCACCCAGUGAGCCCCCAGCACCCUCCUGCCGGCCUUUCCAGCUACCAUAUUUGGGGGGUGAACCACACGGGCUACUAAUCAUACCCGAAGAUCAUUCACCCCCGAGUGAAAGAAUGGGGAAACUAGUGAAUCCGCAGAUGCACAGUAGACACCGCAACAGUUGAAACCCGUUCUGAGCAAACGGGCUUGCAGAGUAGAUCAGGUCCGGCUGGCCCGCGGAGAUCUGGGCGCCAGGCUGGAUUAGUCCUUUCACUCGAGCAGGAGAGCUUUUCGGCUGCUGGCCAGCAAUCCAGUACAGCGCAGGUGGCAUCCAGCUCUCUUCAGGCAAGGGCCCACCCGCGGCCAAAUUAUCCUGUCCUUUGCCCGCGAAAUACGAUGAGGUACCUGCCCCGGGUUGUGCUGUACGAGUACUGUGGGCUCGAUACAGACAUAUAUACGGCCAACCUACGGUGGGUCCCCGAGCCUCGGCUAACUGACAUCAUAUUAUGACAUUUGCACUGUCGCACAACUGUGCGUGAGGUAGAAAGCGCGGGAUGGCGAGGUUGCAUUGGGGUGUUCCGGGCGCUUCUAGAGGGGACAAGACCCGAGAGUCGAAGUAAAUAUUCCGCGAUACGGGAAUAAUCGUCGAACAUCGCGGCAGGCACCGCGAGGGUGUGAGCUGGACACCGUCGCUCUUGACCCUUUUUCGCGAGAAGUCUUCGGACUCGGUGGUUUUGCGGCGUGGGAGAUGGGGUAAAAAAAUGGUGAGAAGGAGAGUUCGCACGUUUGGCAUGCGGAGUAUACCGGUAUAUAUUAGGGGUGAUAGCUUCCUGACAAGACGGUCUUCACGGUGGUAUGAUAGAAAGGCAGAGGACGUUAUUGAUAAGCUUAUAACGCUACUGCAAGGGAAUCUUGGCGUUGGAGAGCUUCGGUUGCCUUUUCUUUCUUCCCUGCCUCUUUUUUCUCCCACUUCCGUCAAUCACGCCUAACCCACCACCCGCCGCCUCACAUCACCCAACCCAACUCCGAGAAGGGCCACCGCCCUCUAUUUAACAGGAGAGGGGUAGAAUAACCAUAUCCUCCCCACAAUCACGGAUACCCCACAGGUAAAUCCAAUUCGCAAUGGCAUCACCAAGCUCUCCGGUGAAGAAGCGACCGCGAACACAAUCCCUCCCCUCACUACCAAGCCUCACGGCGGAGCAAGCCGUCCCCAUCUCGGCUGAGGACAGAGAUUCAAAACGGCUAAUUGUCGUCCUGGCGCGGGCGUGCCUCGAGACGCACAAAGUCUCGGCCAACGGAGGGGAGAAGUACGUCCUUCUCAACUCCGACGAUCACAUUGGAGUUUUGAAGAAGAUGGGUCGAGAUAUCAGUGACGCCCGGCCGGAUAUUCUCCACCAGGUCUGUUUGAAUUCACCCCAUCCGCUGUCCGUUUUCUAGUCCCCCCCCCCCACGAUCCCCAUUGCCCUCACAUAUUGCAGGUCUUCCUUCUCCUUCCCUUCUUUCGCACAGUCCGAAAUAAGGGUUGGCGCGGAGGAGGAUUUCAGACAUCCAUAAACACACAUACCUGCAAGAAGAGCGUUCGCCAGAAGUUCAACCUCUCUAACGGGACGUGCAACAUAUUGCGCUUUCAACAGUGCCUCCUCACACUACUGGACAGUCCCGUGAACAAAGCCGGAAAGCUCCAAGUCUACAUCCAAUCCACCAAGGGCGUCCUCAUCGAGGUGAACCCUACCGUGCGAAUACCGCGGACGUUCAAGCGCUUCGCUGGUCUAAUGGUGCAACUGCUACACAAGCUGUCCAUCCGAUCGACCUCUUCCAGUGAGAAACUGCUCAAGGUCAUUAAAAAUCCCGUCUCUCAGUACCUCCCGCCGAAUUGCCGCAAGGUGACGCUAUCCUGGGAAGCGCCCGUUAUGAACGUCCGGGAGUAUAUUUCCGGACUUGAGGACAACGAGAGCAUCUGCGUUGUCGUGGGCGCCAUGGCAAAGGGAAAGGAUGACUUUGCUGAUGGGUGGGUUGAUGAAAAGAUUGGUGUCAGCAAUUACUCGCUGUCGGCGAGUGUUGCUUGCAGUAAGUUUUGUCAUGCUGCCGAGGAUGUUUGGGGGAUAUUGUAGUGUUUCCCUUCCCUCCUUCACUGUACUGCUACUUGUCGAUAACUUCUUUUCUCCUUUUUUCUCUUCACUUCUCCAUUCUUCCAGUCAAACCCCACAACAAAAAAACAAAAACAUACGAAAUGGGUACUAUAAAGAAACUAAAAAAACAGGGGAAAAAUUACCAGCCCAUGGCGUUCAACAGGCAUUGGGUUACAUGGCCUUUUUUUCUCUUUUUCUUUUUUUUUCUAGGUUCAUUCUCAUCUCUCCGUACUUCUUGAUCGGUCUCCCUAGGGAUUCUUGUCUUCGUUUUAGAAAAGGAAAAGGGCGAAUACCUCAACGUAUAUUAUUGUUGUCAGCGUUGUCUUUUUUAUUUUUAUUUUAUUUCUACGUCGAUUCUCAUGUCUACGAUAUGCUGUUUUUGCUGGGACGAGGUGUGGUGGUCUAGUUUUCAAUAGUACUUGUACUGAUACUGUACUGUACUCGU